AAAAAGUCCGGGAGAGGGGUUUGUGGGAGGGUCAAAGCUGGGCUGUGUGGGCUGGGGAGGGCGCCCCAAAAGCGCCUGUCCUGCCCCGUGGGCAGACCAUGCUCCCCGAGGAGCGCAAGGAGGGCUCGCCCCGCUUCGGGAAGCUGCACUUCCCCGUGGGGCUCUGGAUCAACUCCCCCAAAAAGCGCCUGGCCAAGAUGAGCCGGCGCUGGCCCAGCGCGGGCUCCGUCCGCUCCACCUCCUCGGACACCCCCAGCCGCGCCAGCGACCCCUCGGACCCCCGCCCCUCCUCGUCGGCCGCGCCCCCUCCCAAAGCGAAGCCCCCCCGCCACAAGCGCCUGUCGCACCUCUUCCACCGCGCCACCACGGCCACCAGCCCGGGCCACCAGCACUCGCGCUGGGCCAGCGAGAAGAAGCUGGCCGAGCUCCGCGACCCCCCCGCCGACCUUUUGGGGUCUGGGGGCUCCUCCAGCCCGCCGUGCAUCCUCAAGAUCUUCGGCGGGGCCAUCUCCCGCGGCGCCAACUACAAGAGCGUGCUGGCCACGCCGCGCUGCAGCGCCCGCCAGCUGAUCCGCGAGGCGCUGGAGCGCUACGGGCUCCAUCCCGACGACUUCGGGCAAUUCGCGCUCUGCGACGUGGUGGGCCGGCCCGCCGGGGCGGGGGGCGCCUGGCAGGGCGAGCACCUGCGCGAGGUGGGCGACUGGGAGCGGCCGCUGCUGCUGCAGGAGCUCUGGAAGCCCAAGGCGGGCUGGUCGCGGCGCUUCGAGAUCCGCCGCCGCCAGGACCUGGACCGGGCAACGGGGGACGGCGACGCCGAGGGCGACGGAGCCGGUACCGGGGCCGGGGGGCGGGGGUGGCGGCCUCGGCGCGUGCCCGCCUGCGCGCCCCCGAGUCGCCUUUUCCCCCCGGCUGCCGCCCCCCACCGCCGCCUGCACCGGAACCGCUCCCGGGCGGCCUCGGGGGGUCCCGCGCCCCCCGCCCGCGACCCCCGCGACCCCCGGGACCCGGCCCCGGCCAUGCGGCGCAGCAUCAGCGACAUGAACCUGAGCACGCGGCGGCGCCAGCGCAAAGCCCUGAGCCUGGCGGGGGGCGCGGGACGCCCCCCGGGGACGGGGGUCCCAGCCUGGAGCUGCCUGUCGCAGUGUCUGAUCCAGCCCCCCCGGGACCGCCCCUAUUUCCUGCUGCUGCAGGGCUACGGCAAGGAGGACUUCGUCCUGUACAUCAUGACCCGCCCCCAGCACAUCUUCGGCCGCCCCGAGCGCCGGGGGGGGCCGGACCCGGGGCCCUUCUCGGUGGUCGACACCUUCCUGGACGCCCCCGACAUCCUGCCCCGGCACUGCCUGGUGCAGGCAGCCCCCCCCCCCCCGGCCACCGUGCGGCCUUUCCGGGGCGCCGCCGCCUCCCUGAACGGGACCCCCCUGCUCCGCCGCGCCCCGCUGCGCCCCGGCGACCUUUUGGGGCUGGGGGAGCACGUCCUGCUGCUCUACAAGGACCCCCGGCUCGGGGAGGGGGCCCGGCCCGCCUGGCUGCCGCCGCCCCGCGCCUCCCUGGGGGUUCUGGGGGUCUUGGGGUGCGCGGGCUGCGGGCGGAGCCCCCGCCAGCGGCGGGACGAGCUGCGGCAGGCGCUGGAGAGCCCCCGCGCCGAGCUCCGCUACCGGCCGCAGGACGAGGCCGCGCUGCUGCGGGACAUCCUCGGCUUGCCGCUGGGCGGGGGGCCCGCCGGGGGUCCGGGGGGGCCCGCCGGGGGUCCGGGGGGGCCCGCCGGGGAGCCGGGGGGUCCCGCCGACAGCCAGCAGGGCUCCGCGGCCGGGGGUCCCGCCGGGGGUCCGGGGGGUCCCGCCGGGGGUCCGGGGGGUCCCGCCGAGGAUCUGGGGGCGCUGGCCCCCGCCUUCCUGCUGGGGCUGUGCCUGGAGCACGCGGCCAGGGAGUUCCCGGCAGGACAUUUCCCCGAGCUGCUGGGCAGGGUGGCAGGGAUGCUGCGGGACACGGUCUGGGAGAAGAUCAAGGAAAUCGGGGACCGGCAGCCGGAGAGUUUUGGGCCCCCCGGACGGGGACCCCCCCCCCCCGGGCUGGACCUGGCCGGGGUCACCUCGGACCUGCGGCCGCUGCUGCUGUGGCUGGCCAACGCCGUGGAGCUGCUGAACCUGGCCCAGGGCCACCUGCAGGCCCUGGAGGGCGAGCUGGACAUCGAGGGGCCGUGCCCCGAGCUGGAGCGGGACCUGGAGAGCUGUGACGAGGCGCUGGGGGUGCUGGACGAGGUGAUCAUGUCCACGUUCCAGCAGAGCGUCUACUACCUGACCAAGACGCUCUACUCGGCCCUGCCCGCCCUGCUGGACACCAACCCCUUCGUGGGGCCGGGGGAGCCGCGCGCGGGGCCGGACCUGGGCGGGGUCCCCGAGGGGCUGCGGCCGCCCCUGGCCGUGUUCCGGGCCGUGCUGGGGCUGACCCGCGAGUGCCACCUGCACCCCGACCUGGCCUCGCAGACCUUCGGCUACCUGUUCUUCUUCUCCAACGCCUCGCUCUUCAACACCCUCAUGGAGAAAGGCGGCGCGGGGCCCUGCUUCCAGUGGUGGGCGGGCGUGCGGCUGCGCACCAACCUGGACCUGCUGCUGGACGGGCUGGGGGCGCUGGGGCUGGGCGACAUCGCCGGAGACUUCUUCCGGAAGCUCUCGGCCACCGCCAACCUGCUGUGCACGCCCCGCGGCUGCCUGGAGCAGGCCACCUGGGCGCGGCUCCGUGCCGAGUUCCCGGCGCUGUCACCUGCGCAGCUGCACCACGUCCUGCGGCACUACCGGCUGGGGAGGGGGCGCGCCCCCCCCCCGGCCUGGAGCCCCCCGCCCGAGGAGAGCGCCGCCGCCACCACGGGUGACAUCUUUGAGAGUUUCUCGGACCACCCCCCGCUCCUGCUGCCCACCCGGGGGUUCCGCCUGCGCCUGGGGGUCCCGCUGGGCCCGGGGGGGCUCCUGCGCCCCCUCCUCCAAAUCCGCCGCCGCCUCUGGGAGCUCGAGGGGGGGGACGACCUCUGAGACCCCCCCAAAACACCCCCGAGACCCCCCCCAAAUCCCCAAAAUCCCCUGAGCCGCCCCCAAAUAACCUCAAAUCCGCUGAGACCCCCCCCAAAAUCCCCU